CACCUCUUCCCACUAGUGGGAGGGUCCUUUGGAGGUACAAUUGCUAAUUCCCAUCUGGGGCUGAUUCUGAAAGAUUCAUGAGCAAUGUGGAACCUGAACAUAGGCUGCGUUUACAUCCACUCCUGCCUAGGGAGGGCAGGCAGCUAGAACUGCAGUAGCCUAGCCUGUUGUUGUGACUCUUCCCCAUCAUGGAGACUGGUGAAGGAGAGCAUGUGCCGCAGACGGGGAACGACGAUGAGGCGGUGGUCGACCUGGGGAAGACGAGCUCCACCAUUCACACAAACUUUGAGAUAGAGGAGCUGGAGAGUCACAGAGCGGUCUAUGUUGGGGUCCAUGUUCCUCUGGGCCGGGAGUCUAAGCGGAGGCAUCAUCGCCACCGUGGCCACAAACACCAUCGAAAGAGGAGAGACCGUUCAGACCGCGAAGAUGGACGAGAGUCUCCCUCGAACGACACCCCAUCCCAGAGGGUGCAGUUUAUCCUGGGUACCGAGGACGACGAUGAGGAGCACAUCCCGCACGACUUGUUCACGGAGCUGGACGAGCUCUGUUUCACAGACGGUCACGUCUGCGAGUGGAAGGAGACGGCCAGGUGGUUAAAGUUCGAGGAGGACGUGGAGGACGGCGGGGAGCGUUGGAGUAAGCCCUACGUGGCUACUCUGUCUCUACACAGCCUGUUCGAGCUCCGGAGUUGCAUCCUCAACGGUACCGUCAUGUUAGACAUGAGGGCUAACACCAUCGAGGAGAUUGCCGACAUGGUGAUCGACAGCAUGGUGGCGUCAGGACAGCUGGAGGAGGCCGUGAGGAGGAAGGUUCGAGAAGCCAUGCUGAAGAGGCACCACCACCAGAACGAGAAGAAGCUCAGCAACCGCAUCCCGCUGGUGCGCUCCUUCGCGGACAUCGGGAAGAAACAGUCCGACCCGCACCUGCUCGAGAGGAACGGCCUCUUGGCAUCGCCACAGUCAGCUCCUGGGAACCUGGAGAACAGUAAAGCCAGUGAGACCCGCUUGAACGGAGGAAGCAGGGAGAACAGCACCGUCGACUUCAGUAAGGACUGCUACUGUAGUUGUGGUUCCUUGAGAGGGGGUGCCAAGAGGCCUGCAGUGGACAUGAACUUUAUGAAGAAAAUCCCCCCAGGGGCAGAAGCAUCCAAUGUGCUGGUGGGGGAGGUGGACUUCCUGGAGCGACCAAUUAUAGCCUUCAUUAGGCUGUCCCCUGCUGUGCUGCUCACUGGUCUCACUGAGGUCCCCGUUCCCACCAGGUUCCUGUUCCUGCUUCUGGGACCAUUUGGAAAGGGGCCUCAGUACCAUGAAAUCGGUCGCUCCAUUGCCACGCUGAUGACAGACGAGGUCUUUCAUGACGUGGCGUACAAGGCCAAAGACAGGACGGACCUGAUGUCGGGGAUAGAUGAGUUCCUGGACCAGGUGACUGUCCUUCCCCCUGGGGAGUGGGACCCCACCAUACGAAUAGAGCCCCCCAAGAGUGUCCCUUCUCAGGAAAAGCGGAAGGUGCCAUUUGUACCCAAUGGCUCUGCCCAAAACGAGUCUUUCAAAGAAGACCAGCACCAAACGGGACCAGAGCUACAGAGGACUGGGAAGAUCUUCGGGGGCCUGGUAUUGGAUCUGAGGAGGAAAGCUCCGUUCCUGUGGAGUGAUAUUCGGGAUGCACUGAGCCUGCAGUGCCUGGCCUCUGUUCUGUUCCUCUACUGUGCCUGUAUGUCCCCCGUCAUCACCUUUGGAGGUCUGCUGGGCGAGGCAACCAAGGGAAACAUUAGUGCCAUAGAGUCAUUGUUUGGGGCGUCUCUGACGGGUGUGGCCUUCUCCAUGUUUGCGGGCCAGCCCCUCACCAUCCUAGGCAGCACCGGGCCAGUCCUGGUCUUUGAGAAGAUCCUUUUCAAAUUUUGCAGUGACUAUGACCUGUCCUACCUGUCACUGAGAACCAGCAUUGGCCUGUGGACAGCCUUCAUGUGCCUGGUCCUGGUUGCCACGGACGCCAGCUCACUGGUCUGUUACAUCACCCGCUUCACAGAGGAGGCCUUUGCAGCACUCAUAUGCAUCAUCUUCAUCUACGAGGCCCUGGAGAAGCUGGUUCUCCUGGGGGAGCACUACCCCAUCAACAUGAACAGCCAGCUGGACAACCUUACCUUCUCCACGUGUAAAUGUUCUCCGCCUAGCAACGCCACGUCUGAGAUCCAGCAGGUCUGGAACCACAGCGGUGUCACCCCAGAAUCCAUUUCCUGGGCAGAGCUGACUGUCAAAGAGUGUUCAAGGCUGCGUGGGGAGUUUGUUGGGACGUCCUGCGGCCACGACGGCCCCUACAUCCCAGACGUCCUCUUCUGGUCCGUCAUCCUCUUCUUUACCACCUUCUUCCUGUCCGCCUUCCUCAAGCAGUUCAAGACCAGGCGCUACUUCCCCACCAAGGUGCGCUCAACCAUCAGUGACUUUGCGGUCUUCUUGACCAUCAUGGUCAUGGUCCUGGUCGACUACCUGGUGGGCAUCCCCUCCCCAAAACUCGAAGUGCCCGAUCGGUUUGAGCCUACGUCUAAGAACCGCGGCUGGCUGAUCUCUCCGCUGGGUCCCAACCCCUGGUGGACCAUGCUGGCUGCCGCCAUCCCGGCCCUGCUCUGCACCAUCCUCAUCUUCAUGGACCAACAGAUCACCGCCGUCAUCAUCAACCGCAAGGAGCACAAACUCAAGAAAGGGUGUGGCUACCACCUGGACCUGCUGGUGGUGUCUGUGAUGCUGGGGAUCUGCUCCGUCAUGGGCCUGCCCUGGUUCGUGGCGGCCACCGUGCUCUCCAUCUCCCAUGUCAACAGUCUGAAGCUGGAGUCGGAGUGCUCGGCCCCCGGGGAGCAGCCCAAGUUCCUGGGCAUCAGGGAGCAGAGGAUCACCGGCUUCAUGAUCUUCAUCCUCAUGGGCUGCUCUGUCUUCAUGACCUCCGUGCUCAAGUUCAUCCCAAUGCCUGUGCUCUAUGGGGUGUUUCUAUACAUGGGUGUCUCCUCACUCAAAGGCAUACAGUUCUUUGACCGGAUCAAGUUGUUCUGCAUGCCAGCCAAGCACCAGCCUGACCUGAUCUACCUGCGCUACGUUCCCCUGUGGAAGGUCCAUGUGUUCACCCUGGUGCAGCUCACCUGCCUGGUUCUGCUCUGGGUCAUCAAGGCCUCGGCCGCCGCUGUGGUUUUCCCCAUGAUGGUGCUGGCCCUGGUGUUUAUCAGGAAGCUGCUGGACUUCUGUUUCAGCAACAGGGAGCUGAGCUGGCUGGAUGACCUGAUGCCUGAAAGCAAGAAGAAGAAGGAGGACGACAAGAAGAAGAAGGCCAAGGAGGAGGCCCAGCGCAUGCUGGAUGCAGACGAGGGCAUAGCCCAUCCCUAUGAAAGACAGGGCAUCCUCAAGAUCCCAGUCAAGACCCUUAAAGUCAGUUUGGACCCAUCUGUGGUAAACAUUUCUGAUGAGAUGGCCAAAACCGCCAACUGGAAGUCAGUUUCCAUGAACUCUGACAGUGCCAAAGUUCUGAAACACAGUGCCAGCCAGGAGAGGGUGUCCUGUGUGAAGAUCAACUUGGAAAAUGACCAGGGGGAGAAGUAUGUGAAUGCUGAGACUUCAUUAUGAAGGAAGGACUGAGGAGGACCAGGCUGUGCCAAGUCUGCUGUUAGUCAACCUACCCACCAGGUGGCACUGUUCACCUGUCCUCCCAGCAGGGGCACUGUUCACCUGUCCUCCCAGCAGGGGCACUGUUCACCUGUCCUCCCAGCAGGGGCACUGUUCACCUGUCCUCCCAGCAGGGGCACUGUUCACCUGUCCUCCCAGCAGGGGCACUGUUCACCUGUCCUCCCAGCAGGGGCACUGCCUGCUGCCUCUCCCCAGUAGCUGCUGACAUGCUAAAGCCAAAGGAGGCAGACUGAAGGACGCAACCAGUUCCAGUUAGCUGUGUUUUCUGUUACCGUGAAAUGUAGUCUUAGGGAAAUAUGUCUAUAAUUUUAUCAUCGUUUUAUGGUGAAAAACAUUUACUUUAUAAUCAGGUGUAACUCUAUUGGAACCACUGGGUCUGCUUGGAAUUGGCUCCUUAAGGCUUUUUUAAAAAAAAAAUUAUAAUAUAUCCUUUGUCUGUCUGAUAUGUUGCAGAACUGGCCGCUGUAACACUUUUUUUGUGUAAUGCAUUAUGAAUGCGUACGCGAAGUGUCUUCAUGCACUUGCCGUGGGCAUAUUUUAAAUUGCUCAAGGCCGCCCCCAGGUGGUUCAUAUCGGCACAGUGUUUAGAGACAAAGGGACCCAGCUCAAGAAGGCCAGGCAGCAGUCCAGGGAGGCUCAAAAACACCAACACAAUCAGCAACAACCAAUAGGUCACCUGGGCUCUCUAAUUAUUACAGUUCUUUCUCUUUUUUUUAUUUUUUAUUCCAUGAUGCUUUAGAAAGCAGCUGAUUCUCAACAAAAGGUCCAAAUACAUUUAGAGCGCAUUAUUUUUAAUGUAUCCGUCGUGUUCGCGCGUGUGUAUGAAUGUGUGUUAAGUGAUGCUGAAGUUGCCUUUUUCACAAUAUCAGAAUCACGACAUGGGCUAAAUAAUAUAUAUUUAAAGUGAAAAUCACUGAUAAUAGUAUAGCCCAUAGCACGUCUUCUUAGGCAAGGAUUAAAUCCUGUCGCAGGUUAAUUGCAUUGUAGGUUUUAAGUUUAUUUUCUGUCAAGUCGACAUGCAUCAUGUAAUAUAAAUUACGUCUCUGUGAAUAAUGGAACUUAGGCAUUUAAAAGUGCAGUGGCUGUAAUAUGCCAACAGAUUGAAUUUUUGCCUGAAUUCAGUGACAGAACUAUGGGUGCAAGAGCUGCCUGACCGAUCCAAAUGAUAGUGUUCACAAUGUGGUUUAUAUUAUUUCUGAACCAUGAUAUAAAGCGUUUAUAUUAUGUGCUGGUGUGUUCGACAGCUGAGCUAAACUCAUUGAAACUUAUGUUAUUUUCAGGGCAUUAUAUUCAGGAUAUUGCAAAAUCGUGCAUUUUUGGGUCGAAAUAACAUUCUGAAAUUGUGAAAAGGGUUAUUAUUGCCUUUUGGAGUAAGAAGUGUUUGAAAGAAAUGUUAGGCGGUUUAAAUGGGAUGGAACUUUUGGCUUACUUUGACAAUAAUCGAUAAAUGAAUAUUCCUUUGGGUAAGGGGAUGGGCUGCACACCAUCAACUCAGCCAGUCCGGGCUUUUUAUGUAAAUGUUUUCACAUUUGUUUCCUAGCAAAAUGCCUAAGUCGCACACCUGUAUAAACUCUUGGGCAGAUGCAUAGAAGAAAACAAACAUAGAAAAAAGAAUCUUGCACACUACUGCUUGCAAGUGUUAUAAUUAUGGUGACAAAUUUGCAACGUUCAAUGUCAAUCUGUACCUUUUUUUUUACAUCUAUAAAACUUUCAAGCAGCAACAGUGUUUCCUAACUGUUGACAAUGUCCAACUAGGAAUAUCAAGGGCCAAAGUAGGUGUAGGUCAUGACAUGGUUAAAAAGAUUUUUCUUUUUUUAUUAGAUAUACGCUUAAAAUAUAUUAGAGACUGUAUGGGAUAUUCAAACUGCUAGAUAUUGAUCUACAUUGCCCUGAUUUCUCCUUUAAAAUGAUCCCAAAUUGGAAAUGUACAAUACUAUAUAGUCAGAUGAACUUUCUAAAAUGAGAACUUUUCACAUUUCUUGAGCGGUCUUGUUCCAGUGGAUAAAUGGUAAGUGUUGCAUGCACGAUGUCCAUUCAUGGUGGUGGACUUUAAAGAUGUUAUUCUAUUAAGAGAGUACUGUACUGUAUAGAGUACUUUAAGUUCAUAGAAUAAUUCAAAUGGAUAUGUUUAGGGCAGGUUUUCAGGCUGUUAGAGAAAGCUCUACAGUAAUGUUACUGUACAUCGCUGUAGUAGCCUGCAUUCAGUCUAGUCUAGUACCACCUGCACUAACAACAUGCUAACAUAGUGGUAGCAUCCCUUGGCUAACACGACAAGGGGAUAUAGACUUUUAUCCAUUUAAACGGUUUACAUCCAGUGUAAUAUUUACUGUUAUAGGGGUAUAUAUUUUAGAUUUGUUUAUAUUGUUAUUUUUUAUCAUUGUUAUCUAUAUCAUUAAUACAGUUUGUGAUGCAUUUAAUUUAUUCUGAUUUGGUCAAAGUUGUGGAGUUUGUGGAAAAGGGGCAGAAGGAGGAUGUUAUAGCAGGGUCGUUUUGUGUUGCUGGACAGUAAUUUGUUCUUCAUUUCCUUUUGUUUAUCUCUGUGCACUUUAGGUACGCUUGCCACACUGAUAGUGGCACAGACUUUAAUGUACCUUUAAUAUACUGUAAAUGUAUGUAUUUAGAUCAGUCUCAGGAACCAAUAGGCUCAAUGGGGCCUUUUUUCCUCACCCUGUCUCACUGACUCACUGUCACGCCACUAGUAACCAAAACGCAUUGCUUUUUUUCUGCCUUUUGCUUUCAACCCUUAGCUUUGGUUCCUGUUUUACACUGGACAACAUUGCGAUAGUUUUCUCCAUGCGCUUCUUUUAUUACCUUUUUGUUUAAAGGUUAACCCUACAAUAAUUGUUGAUGUCCUAUAUAUUUUAAGUGCUAAUGAACAGCAAUGGCUUUAGUUUAAAUACAAUAUGUUUACUAUUACAGAAGUCUGCACUGGGAAACAUUCAUGUCCAGGGACUGAGUUGAAUUCAAAACUUUAAGUUGUAAAGUUACAUGAAAUUGAAUAGCUUAUGUUGAAUCUGUAGUGUUAUGCCAAUAUGGAAGCUCUAGGGGGUGUCCUAAUUCCUUUGCUCACCUCCCCUCUCUCUUUGGACAAAACUAAAGCUGAUACAGAGGCGGUGGUGGCAGAUUUCUGACGUCGUUCCCAGCAAGAUGCACAUUAGUGUCCUGGGAAGCCACUAGGUAGAGGGGGAGAAGAGGACCGUAUUCCAUUAUAUCCUCAAACACUUACCAGUUUCUGUUUUCCAAGAGGUGAAAACAUUUAGCAGGAACUUUUUUACCUAGUGAACACCUUAGUAUCCACACAAUGCCUUGUGAAUAGGUUUAUGUAAAUCGUAUUGGGGGAAGAGCCCAGGAAAGGAAAAUAAUUGUGAAGACUGACAGUUUCCAAGUCACCUUGAUUAAAAGCAGUUUAUUUGCCCUCUGGUACAAUUAUGGUCCACCUAAAAAAAAAAAAAAGAAUGUUUUGGAAGUUGUAUAUGUACUUGGUAUAUUUGAUUAUUCUCAAGUGUGCAUUAUCACUGGGCAGUUGAGUGCUUAAACAGGCUGUGACAGGGAAACAUUGCCUACUGGGAGUUUGGGGGCUGUCCAAUGUGCCUUCUUUUAUUAUCUUCCCUAUGCUGUAACACCAUAGACUGAAGAACAAGUAGAGCAAUAGUACUGUUGUGUAACUCUGCAACCUGGGACCACUGCUGGUGACAGGCGUUCUCUGUACUGUGUGACUGUACAUUUCAGUCCUGUAUCAAGUGGACCUGAUUUGGCCUCAUGUUGCAGUUUGGUUUGAUAUAAGUGAAGUUUUUAUUGAUUUGUUCUUAAACUGUACUAAGAAUGGUUGCUAUCUGUACUAUUCUUAAUGACAGAGGAAAAUUAAACAAAUUAACUAUUUUUUUGUAACGGAAAUUACGUUUGUUUAAAGGAGAGCAAUAAAGCUUACUGUGUUGUAA